AUGACGCGCGAGGCGCUCGCCGCAAACACGCUGGUCUCGCUCCCAACAGGCUUUGGCAAGACGUUUGUCGCCGCCGCCGUGAUGCGCAACUUCCUGCGCUGGUUCCCGGACGGGCUGGUCGUCUUCAUGGCGCCGACGCGGCCGCUGGUCCACCAGCAGCGCGACGCGUGCGCCAAGGCGGACCUUCCCGCGGAUGGCGAGGCCGCUCUGCUGACGGGAGAUCUUCCUCCGUCGGAGCGUCGCGCGCUGUGGAGCACGGGGCACGGGAGCGAGGGGCUUGGCGUGGCAGACGGGCGGCGGGUUGUCUGCGUGGCACACCACGCCGCCUCAGCCGGCUACGCGUACGCCAAGGUCGCCGAGCUGCUGCGCGCCGUCCAGCGCGUCGUCCGCACGCUCCGCAUCUGCAGCCUCGAGGCGCGCGCCGAGGGGGACGCCGACCUGCUCGCCCACACGCACUGUCGCGCGGCGCUGCUGCGGUCGCUGCUGCUGCCGCCGGCGGAGGAGGCGGCGGCGAGGCUGCGAGGCGCCCACGCGCUCGACGCUGACCCGUCGUGCGAAAUCGACGCCUCCGCCCUCUGCCGCGCGCGCGCGAGGCUCGAGCGGUGCGCAGAGAAGCUGCUGGCAGACCUCGCCCUCCUCGCCGCGCUGCUGCGAACCACUUUCCGCGCGGCCGUGGCGGCAGGGUACCCCCCGCCCCUCGCCCGCGCGGGCGUCGCGCUCGCUUGCUCGUCGGACACGACGGUCUCCGAGGCGGUGCGGCUGAUGCCCAAGUGGCGCGAGCUGACCGCCCUCCUCUCGCGCCACGCCGCCGAGCAGCCGCACUCGCGCGCAAUAGUCUUUGUCGGCCGCCGCGACACCGUCUCUGCCCUCUGCGCCGCGAGGGCGUCGCACAGCGACGGCGCGGGUGCAGCCGGCAUGCCGCAGGCGGAGCAGCAGCGCGUGCUCGCAGCCUUCCGCGCGGGCGCGAUCAACGUCCUCAUCGCCACGAGCGUUGCGGAGGAGGGCCUCGACAUUGGUCAGGUCGACCUCAUCGUCUGCCUCGACGCCGUCGCCUCGCCGAUCCGCCUCGUGCAGCGCUUUGGCCGCACGGGCGCCUGCUACAGCCGCAAGCGGGACGGCGCGUGCGUCCUGCUGCUGACAGAGGCCGAGGAGCGACAGUACGAGGAGACGCAGCGGCAGGCGGCCCGGCUGCAGGCCGCUGUGGACAUCGGGCGGGGCAUCGACCUCUGCGCCGUCGAUCCGGCCCCGCUCUCCGCCGAGGACGUGCGCAACUUGCGUUGCCGCUUCACGCGGGCGCCGGCCCCGCACGCGAACCCAUCGCUGCCGGCGAACGCUUCGCUGGCGAAUCUCUCGCUGCCUCGGGGGACGGGGCGGUGA